UUUGCGCUUGCGCUAUUAGUAAUGGAUGCUUUGCAAGUCAUUUCUUCUGCAACACAGAUAGUUUCAAGCAUGGUAGGUGCCAUUGAUGCAUUAGAGCAAGCAUCUAGAAACUUAGAUGAAGCUCCAAAGAGAAUUCGAAGCCUAGAGGAAUUUGUUUGUGAUCUUGAGAACUUGAUUCGACGACUAAAGCACAAGCAUGUCAACAAACUUCAUAAUCCUCAGUUAGAACACCAAAUCCAAAGCUUGAAUUCCCUGAUAGAACGUCUGCAUCCAAACAUCACCAAGGCCAGGAGAAUGGUGUCAAAGAGUAAGAUUAAGAACUUGGCUAAGGUAGUUUGGACUUCCAUGGCUGGAGACCCACUGGGGAAGCUUGUGAACUCAAUAAGGGAUGACUUGAAUUGGUGGCUUGAAUCACAAAGAUUGGUCCAGGAUGUUGAGAAGACACUUGAGUCAACUGCAAAAGACGCCCGCGUUCGACUGAAAAUUAGGACCGAACAAGGCUACCCAGUUUCUACUAAAUGCUACUUUGUCAGGAAUUUACUGGAAAAGAAUGGUUCUCAACAUGUCAUUCUAAUUGUUGGGUUAUCUGGUAUUGGGAAGUCAUUUUUGGCUCGUCAAGUAGCCUCUGAUCCCCCUGAGAAAUUUAUGGAUGGUGCAGUUGAACUUGGCUUUGGCCAAUGGUGCAGUAGAGCUGCUUGCAACAGAAGUAUAGCUGAAUACCAGAGGCGCUUGGCAAGAAAACUUUGUAAAUUUCUGGUGCAGAUUGGAUUUUGGAAGAAGAUCAGGGAUGAAUAUAGUGGAGAUCUAGAAUAUAUAUGUUGCUUGCUUCAAGAAGCCUUGUUUGGGAAGAGCAUCCUUAUACUUCUUGAUGAUGUUUGGGAGCAGGACAUAGUUGAGCGGUUUGCAAAGCUAUAUGAUAAUGAUUGCAGGUACCUUGUAACAACAAGAAAUGAAGCUGUCUAUGAAAUUACAGAAGCAGAGAAGGUGGAAUUAAGCAAAGAUGACGUAAAGGAGACAAGCAUGGAAGUUCUUCUCUACCAUAGCCUCCUUAGCAAAGAAGAGCUACCGCAGGUAGCAGAGAACUUACUUGAGCGGUGCGGUCAUCAUCCUUUGACAGUUGCUGUUAUGGGUAAGGCUCUCAGAAAAGAAACAAGAGCUGAUCAAUGGGAAAAGGCCAUCACCAACUUAUCCACAUUUGCUACGUGUGCACCUGGUCCUGUAUCAUAUGUCAAUGAAAAAGAAGCUGAGAAUGCUUUAACCAUUUUUGGAUCCUUCGAGUUCAGUCUAGAUGCAAUGCCUGGAGACUCUAGAGAGCUCUUCAUAGCUUUGUCAGCUCUUGCAUGGGCAGAACCUGUGCCAGAAGCUUGUGUGGAGGCUGUUUGGUCAGUUCUGGGGCAGGAGACCCUGUUCCCACUCAUAGUCUGCAAGCUUGUAGAAGGCUCAUUGCUGAUGAAAAUUGAUACGGAUCCCUUGUACUUGGUACAUGACAUGGUUGCUCUGUACCUUGACAGCAAGACAAACAAUUCAGUCCAGAUACUAUUAAAUGCAUCCACAGCCGAAGAAGCAGCAUUCAUCUGCCCUUGGCUUCUUAUAUUUGGGAAAGAGAGAGUAAAAGAUAUUGCUGAAAAGAAAGUAGUGUCUUUCCUUGGUUCUUUUGAGGAAAAGCAUGUGAUUAUCACCUUAAAGGCGACUAUACAGGCUCUAAUGGCUAGCAAGUCCAUAUCAGAACUUGAAGAAAGUAGAGCAAACUUUAGUAACUUAUUGGGUCCUAGGACUGCAGACCUGAUCUCCACUGAAUCACAGAGCUUGAUUGCUGUGUCUGCACAAGCCAUCACCACUGUAUUUAGCAAGAGUGACUAUUGCAAUUAUUUUCCAUCCCUUGAAGAUACUGGUGCAGUCAGCAAGUUGGCUUGCAUCUUAGAAAAUUGUGAUGACCCUGUGAUCCAAACAGAUAUUUCAGUUGUUCUUGCAAAGCUUGCAGAAUUUGGAAGCCAAGAGACGGUCGAUAAGGUGCUUCAGAGCAUUCAAUUUCAUCAGUUGGCAGAGUUGCUCUCUCCAAAUAAUGAGCAAUGGCAUGAUAGUGUGUUUUCAAUACUGAUCUCAUUGAUGAAAGCUGGGAAAUUAAAAGCUGUUGAGAGAAUGCUUGCUUUUGAGAUUGAUAAGACUCUUCUUAGACUCCUACAGAAUGGAUCCGAAGUAGCUCAACACCAUGCAAUAGUUGCAUUGAAGACAUUUUAUGAGUUGAGAGGCCCCCAUCUGGUUGGAUCUCUUGAACCCAAAAAUAUAAACCUUUUGCCAUGGCAAGCUAGACAUUGUUUGGAGCGAUUUCUUUUGUUGGAUCGAAGUGUUCCCCUUUUACCACAGCUGCAAACUUUUGAAGAUCUUAUUUAUAAGGUACUACACAGUGAUAGCAAGCUGGUAUUGGAGGCAAUGCAAGAUCUAAUACCAAUCAUAGAGAAUGCAGGAGAACCAAGCAUCAGAGACAUGAUUUUAGAAAGUCCCUUCAUCAAACAACUCUCUGAACUCUUACAACGUGGAAGCUCUGAACAUAAUUCAACGAAAUCUCAAGCUGCCUUUCUAUUGAUGAAGCUAGCUUCCUCUGGUGGGGAAUCCUGCAUUAAGAAGUUUCUUGAGUACGAUAUUAUACCCGAUCUAGUUAAGAUGAUGCAGUGCAGCACUAUAGAGUUGCAGGAUGCAGCCUAUACAGCACUACACCAAAUGCUUUUUGGAAGCAGCGGAGUUCUCGUUUUGAACCAAAUCCUCCAGAUGGGUCUCAUAGAGAGGAUGGCUCAAUCACUGGAAAGCAAAUCAAUGAAGACCAGGGAAGUGAAUGUGCACUGUUUUCUGGAUAUUGUGGAGCUCGGAAACAAAGCCUGCAUCGAGCAAAUGUUUUCACUGCAAGUGGUGGAGAAGCUUGUGAAAAUAGAAAAGGCUAGUGGGGGAACUAGUGAAAAACUGCUUGGAUUCAUAAAGGGAAUUGAUAAAUGUAAGCAUCUAUCUAUGGCAGAGCGUAGAGUGAUGAAACAACAAGUGGUUAGGAAGAUAAGAGCUUCCCUUAAAGGCCAUAAAUUUGAGAUCCAAAUUUUGGGAGCUGUUGAUGCUUGUGUAUCUGAGGGCUCAAAAGUAGGUAGUAGCAGUAGAGGUAAACACAAAAGGGCAUAGCUUUCCGCUUCUUGAAUGGAGCCUUAGAUGUUAGAUCAUGCUGCCCGAGUCUUAACUUUGUUCUCACCUUACAGUGAGAUUUACAUGUCAAUAAGAAUCUUAUUCAAACCUCCAACAAUUUGGAGAAUAUUUAAAUGAUUUUUAGUUAACUUCC